UACUUUUUAUACAAAUUCAAGUAAAACGUGCUACACUAAACAUGAAUAACAAAACCGGAAACGGAUAUAUGUCUUAAUUAAAUAAACGUUCAACCCAACAACUCCUUCAAAUUGUCUUAAAAGCACAAAAUAACUUCUACUUGAUUCUGUUAUGUACUUAACAGGAAGUAAGAAAAGUUUCUUUGAUUGAGAUUAAAACGACAUUUGAUGCUUUCAAUUUAUAUUAAUUAUGAACACAAAAACAACAAUUUAGAUACGGAAAUUCAAACUCUAUUCAUUUCAGCGGAAGUGGUACGACGAAGUUACAAACCAAUUUUGAUUCAUAAAGGAAAAUUUAAGCGCAACUAAGACGAGAAAAUAAAUAAUUGCUCAAAAGAAAGCAUCGGAACAUUUAAAGUUUUAGAAAAUUAAACAAAAACUAUUCACCCUUUUCGCCAUAGUUAGAGGAGUUGGUAUUGUCAUAGAAGUUAUUGCGAAGACUAGUAAAAUAAAAUGGCUGAUUUAGAACGUAUAAGACUGGUCUUACUUGGUGGUGCUGGUGUCGGUAAGAGUUCCAUAGUUAAACGUUUCCUAUUCAAAACAUACACAGACAAAUACCGUGCAACUGUGGAAGAUCUCUAUAAUCGUGAAUACGAACUGGGUGGUGUAACCUUAAAGGUGGAUAUAUUGGAUACAUCAGGUGAUAUGCAAUUCCCAGCAAUGCGAAGACUUUCCAUUGCUACAGCACAUGCUUUCAUGCUCGUUUAUGCAUCCACAUCAGCUCAGAGCUUUCAGUGCGUUCAACAGUGUUUCGAGGAGAUACGUGAACAAAGAGCUGAUUUCCAGGAUGUACCUAUUGUUAUUGCUGGCAAUAAAUCUGAUUUGGCUACAACUCACAGGGAGGUCAGAGUAGAAGAAGUCACCGAUUGGGUGUACUGUGAAUUGCCCAGAUUGCGAGCAAAAGUUUUGGAAUGUUCAGCAAGAGAUGAUCACAAUGUGAAAGACUUAUUUAAGGCUUUAUUAUCUUUAUCAAGAUUCUUACCUGUGGGCAAUAGUAAUGAGAGUAACACUGGCCUAAAGCGACGUUCUUCGGCUUAUGUUAGUGCAUCAUCAAGCAGAAACAAAAAUCGUAAUGCUAGUCCAUCCGUCUCCAAUGAUAAAAAGUCCAUAGUUGAAGCAGUUGAUGUUGCCUCAACCAGCGAUGCUAAACUGAAGCCAAGGUCACGCUCACUUAUAAGACGUGCUUCACGCAAAACUAAACAACAGAUCAACAACGCACCGGAAGAUUGCAAUGUCCAAUAAAUGAAUUAACUUAAAAACAGGGUAAAAUGCUUCAAA